AUGUUGAGACUCGGCUACCGCAACCACAGGCAUUCAUAUAGGCCACCCACCAGUGUCGUGCCUCUUGCUUUCCCCACCGAGAUCGUGCAGCAACAACAGCCCGCGCUCAAAAAGCGCAGAUUCGCAAAUAAAGGCUUUCAAGAGGAUGACUUCACCUGCGAAGACCUCCGCCACAUGCUCUGGGAUUACGCCGGCAACCCAGCACCGGCGUCAGACCUGGCAGGACUCACCACGAGAUGUGUCAAUAUCAUAUGCACCACCUGCACCACUCGAGUCAUCAAAGUCAACCACGAGCUGCGCAACGUCAUUGACUGGGAGUGGAUCGAGGACUAUCUCUUCGACGACUACGAGUGCUUCUACUGCGCUGAAGGAUAUUCCGCUCGUGCAGCGACUUAUCAUGAGGCGAAGGCUCAGUGGGAAAAUGAUUCCCGGUCCGUGGUGGAGAAGAUGCUGCGCAAGUGCUUGUAUCGCGAGUACGCUAGCGCUGACCCGUUGAAGAGUAAAGAGACCAUCGCAGCAAUGGUCGAAAACACCGUCAAUCCCGCUAAGGAGUAUGGUCAGAAGCACUCUCCGACUUUUGCUGAGCCACCUGUGGAGCCAGAGGUACCAGAGCCAAUGUGGCGCAGCAAGGUCGGUGGUAACGGCUCCAAGCGCAGUCUUUCGAGCCAGGCCAGAAAGUACAAAAGGGCCGCAGUUGAGACCGUGGAGGAGGAACCAUUCGAGAACCACAAUAACCCUGACGCAGAAGUUCUUUUGGAUGAGAUCUCCGACGUCACGACUACAGCUGCAAGCCAGCACAGCCGCGAUGGCCGGAAGGAGCGACCGCAGCUGAAUGCAAGCCAGCAGGAUCGUUCAGUACGGUCUGAUGCGGGAGGAAAGAGGUCGAGAGCGGAGUUCGAGGGUGAUAUGAAAGGUGUGAAGGCUGGACCGAGAAAGAGGUAG